CUUAGUUAUGACUUCAAUGUUUAUAAAUCUAUAGUUGAACAAUGUUAACAAUACAACUUUGUUUGCAGGAUGGCCUCAAAUGGAGAGAUCACAGAGGGGCCAUUGCCAAAUUGGCUUGAACUUCCUACUGAAGUGACUGCAAAGAUACUGUACAAGCUUGGUGCCUUUGAUAUUCUAACCAGUGCACGUCUAGUGUGCCCUUUAUGGUGGAAAACUUGCAAGGACCCUCUCAUGUGGCGCACCAUCGACUUGACCAACCAACCCCCUAGCUACCCGCACACUGCAAUGCUGAAGCUUUGUCGCUAUGCGAUUGAACAAAGUUGCGGUCAUUUGGAAGAUAUCAGUAUUGAUUUCUUUUGCACUGAUGAAGUCCUCAAAUACAUUGCUGAUAGCGGAAGCCACCUACGAAGGAUGGGGCUUUUGAUGAAAUCCUGGGGAAUUUCAGAUGUAGGAAUGAUUGAGCUUGUAAAGAAGCUUCCGCUGUUGGAAGAGUUUGAGAUUUCAUUCAAUUGUCUACCUAAGAAUAUUUUGGAACUUAUUGGUCAAUCUUGCCCAUUUUUGAAAGUGAUUAAAUUUACACUAUUUAUUGGGUUUCCUAAAGGCUUUGAGUGUAAUGAUGAUGCGUUCGUUAUCGCAAAAACUAUGCCUGAGCUACGUCAUCUUCAACUUAUUGCGAAUAGGCUCACUAAUGAUGGCUUGCUUGCCAUUCUUGACGGAUGUCGUCAUCUUGAAUCUCUUGAUCUGCGUGGUUGUUCCAAUGUUGAUUUGAGCGGGAGUUUGGGGGAAAGAUGCUGUAAGCAAAUCAAAUAUUUAUAUUUGCCAGAAGAUGUAAGUGAAUUUUCCUACUACUUUGAAGAUGAAGAAGAUGAUGGUGAUUAUGAUGAUUGUUAUUAUGAUCAAGAAUGUGACUGGGGAAAGGAAGGGGCAUAUCAUAAUUGUGUUGUAGCUCACAGUUAUGGUGAUUGUAUUCAAUGAUCCUAUGUUCUUGGACAUGUUGAUCACCUGGUACAGUUCUAAAUGAUUUAUUUUUUGUUAGAAGAGGCUCAAUGGUUCUUCUAAAUGCCAUGUUCCUCUAAUUCUCAUGUAGUAUCCUGGAAUUUAGACUAGUACUUUAUACUCAUGAGGGGUUCAUAUACUUUAUCAAGAUGGCUUCAGUGUUUUGUUUCUGAAUCUCUUUUUGGUUGCUGUUAGU